ACAUCAACUAAAAUAAUUGGAAAGGAAAAUAUUGUUCUUUUUUUUAACUUUUUUUUUUUUUAAUGUUAUUUCAUUUUUACUACGAUUUCGAUUUCUUGAAUUGCGGCAAGCUGUAGCACUAGCAGUAGCCAGUGACUGAACUGAAAAGCCAGAAUCAAUUAAUCAAUUAGCCAAAUCCCAAAAUUGAUUUAUUGACAGAAAUAAUUUAAGCAAAAGAAUAUUUUUCAAAUGGCUACCAAUAAUAACGGUGGAGGAGGACGAGAAGAAGAGCAAAUCAAGAAAAUGGCAGAGUUGAGCAAAACCCUAAAAGAAGGAGAGAGAAUACUUGCUCCGACCCGAAGACCCGAUGGUACCCUCCGUAAACCCAUUCGUAUUCGCGCCGGUUAUGUCCCUCAAGAUGAAGUCGCCAUUUACCAAUCCAGAGGUGCCCUUGGAAAAAGAUAUGACAGGUUUUGCUUUUACUGUGCUGACGCAGUGGAAAAAGGAGAUGCAAUCUCUGCACGUAGUGCCGCCAGGUUAUGAUCCAGGUAUGGAUGCAAAACCAAAGACGAAAUCAGUAAAGAGAAAUGAAAGAAAGAAGGAGAAGAGGUUACAGCAGGCUGCUCUUGAAAAGGGUAAGAACUUGGACGCAUCGGCAGCUGGGGACAUGAAAAGGGAAGUGUUACCUGAUGAAGAUGUAGGCCAUGCAUCAGAAUCUGUGAAAUCAUUGACAUCUCAGAUGAAUGAGCUAGAUGUUUCUGCAAAUCCUGUUCUCAGUAUUCCCGGAGACUCGACAGAGACCUUAGAUCCAAAUGCUUCAUCUCAAGAUAUCGAUAAAAGAAUCCGGGCACUUAAAAAGAAGAUUCGACAAGCAGAAGCUCAGCAGCAGAAAGCUACUUCACAGGAUAUGAAGCCAGAGCAGUUGGAGAAGUUGGCAAAACUGGAGGGCUGGCACCAGGAGCUAAAGAUAUUAGAGGGUAAAAAAUCUGAACAGGCAGCAUCAUGAAUGGGGGAAAUCUUUUCAACAGCAAACAAAUUGUGUAGCUUUUAAUUGAAUUUCUUUUGGUGAAGACGUGAACACUACUGCAUUUGUGGGAUCAAGAUUCUUCUAUCCAGAUUUUCCAACUAUGGUUCAUGAGUUUGCCUAUAAACCCUGCAGUUCGUUCUUGUUUCAGUCCUCGUUUUGCGCCUUACCAACCAAACCUUCCCGGAUUUGUGGUCUUUUGAAGGUUAGUCUAGCAUCAUUCCAUGUUCCUCUGUGUUUUAUCUUCUUUUUUCUCUUCUUAGAAAUGCAUGAUCUCCAAAUCACUCACCUCCAAAUUUUGUUGUCUUUUGCAUCUUCUUCAUCAUGCAUGAAUUUGUACUGUGUAUAAAAGGUCACUACUAAUGUAACAACUAUUUAUCAAGAAGAUUUAUUUAAGAUUGAA